AAAUCAUAGUCCGUUAAUGAGUUUUGGAGCCAGCUUUGUCAGCUUUUUGAAUGCCAUGAUGACAUUCGAGGAAGAGAAAAUGCAGUUGGCAUGUGAUGACCUAAAAACUACAGAAAAGCUGUGUGAAAGUGAAGAGGCUGGAGUCAUCGAAACAAUCAAGAAUAAAAUUAAGAAGAGUGUUGAUGCCCGAAAAUCUGCCCCCUCGAUGGUUGAUCGACUUCAGAGGCAAAUCAUUAUUGCUGACUGUCAGGUCUACCUGGCUGUACUUUCAUUUGUAAAACAAGAGCUGUCGGCCUACAUAAAAGGUGGGUGGAUCCUUAGGAAAGCCUGGAAGAUUUACAAUAAGUGCUAUGUGGACAUCAAUGCCCUUCAGGAACUGUAUCAGAAGAAGCUAACGGAAGAGCCCUUGUCUUCUGAUGCUGCAAAUGAUAAUCACAUAGUGGCUGAAGGGGUGACUGAGGAGUCCCUAAACAGACUGAAAGGUGCUGUUAGCUUUGGAUAUGGCCUUUUUCACCUUUGCAUAUCCAUGGUGCCCCCAAACCUGCUCAAAAUCAUCAACCUGCUGGGGUUUCCUGGAGACCGCCUACAGGGCCUUUCUUCACUGACGUAUGCAAGCGAAAGUAAGGACAUGAAGGCCCCUUUAGCUACGUUAGCUCUGCUGUGGUACCACACUGUGGUCCGCCCAUUUUUUGCGUUGGAUGGCAGUGAUAGUAAAGCAGGCCUGGAUGAAGCUAAGGAAAUUCUUCUCAAAAAGGAAGCUGCUUAUCCGAACUCAUCCCUCUUCAUGUUUUUCAAGGGACGGAUCCAGCGACUAGAGUGUCAAAUCAACAGUGCCUUGACUUCCUUCCACACUGCUUUGGAACUUGCCAUAGAUCAGAGGGAGAUCCAGCAUGUCUGUCUGUAUGAAAUCGGCUGGUGCAGCAUGAUAGAACUCAACUUUAAGGAUGCAUUUGACUCCUUUGAGAGGCUGAAAAAUGAGUCCAGAUGGUCGCAGUGCUAUUAUGCGUAUUUAACUGCAGUUUGUCAGGGAGCCACCGGUGACAUGGAUGGGGCACAACUUGUCUUUAAAGAAGUCCAGAAGUUGUUCAAGAGGAAAAACAACCAGAUUGAGCAGUUCUCAGUAAAAAAGGCUGAGAGAUUCCGGAAGCAAACCCCAACCAGAGCACUUUGUGUGCUGGCAUCCAUCGAAGUUCUGUACUUGUGGAAAGCCCUUCCCAACUGCUCUUUCCCCAACCUGCAGAGGAUGAGUCAAGCUUGCCAUGAAGUGGAUGAUCCAUCUGUCACUGGGUUGAAGCAUUUGCUCCUUGGUGCCAUACACAAAUGUCUAGGAAACUCAGAAGAUGCUGUUCAGUUCUUCCAGCGUGCUGCUAAAGAUGAGCUAUGUCGUCAGAAUAACUUGUAUGUCCAGCCGUAUGCAUGCUACGAACUUGGCUGUCUCCUACUAGGCAGGCCAGAGACUGUAGGAAGAGGCAGAACUCUACUCCUUCAGGCAAAGGAGGAUUUUUCUGGCUACGACUUUGAAAACAGAUUGCAUGUCCGCAUCCACGCUGCUCUGGCCUCCCUGAGGGAACUGGUCCCUCAAUGAGAAACUCUGAGUGACUACUCUGUCCCCUCCACCCAGGGUCAGUACUUUGAAAGCAGAGGCGAAAGACCCUGUGAAGACCAGCGUUUCUUCUGAGGACCACCUGUGCCAAGGAUGGGUUUCCUGGUGUCAUCGCUGACGUAUUAAAGAUCCCUCUUUUAAACAUGUAGCUCUGGGGUAAUAAAGAUGUCGAAAAUGAUAAAAAAAUAAUAACCUACCUGGGAGAGGGCUAAGUGACCUUGUUCAAACAUUUUAGUUUUGUGAUUUAUUAUUUUUAAAAUAAAAUCAGACUAAAUACUCAA